CCAUUCCUCUCCAUCCACCUCUCACCACCAGAAACUGAGACACAGUUCAAGACACCCACAUCACAGCCGCAGAGAUGGCAGCAACCCUGACUGCAGCUUCUUCUCGCGCCACCACAGUGGUCGCUCCGUCCCCAUUCCUCGGCCAAACCCGGGCGUCGAGCGCCAAUCCUCUCAGAGAUGCUGUUCCCAUGGGCAAAGGAAGGAUCACCAUGGGAAACGAGCUGUGGUAUGGACCAGACCGCGUCAAGUACUUGGGCCCCUUCUCGGCGCAGACACCGUCGUACCUCAAGGGAGAGUUCCCCGGUGACUACGGCUGGGAUACCGCCGGCCUUUCCGCCGACCCCGAAGCCUUUGCCAGGAACAGAGCUCUCGAGGUGAUCCAUGGGAGGUGGGCGAUGUUGGGGGCGUUCGGCUGCAUCACCCCGGAGGUGCUGGAGAAGUGGGUGAAGGUGGACUUCAAGGAGCCGGUGUGGUUCAAGGCAGGCGCGCAGAUCUUCUCCGACGGCGGGCUGGACUACCUCGGCAACCCCAACCUGGUGCACGCCCAGAGCAUACUGGCCGUGCUGGGUUGCCAGGUCGUCCUCAUGGGCCUGGUCGAGGGCUUCCGCAUCAACGGGCUUCCCGGAGUUGGGGAGGGCAACGAUCUGUACCCCGGUGGCACCUACUUCGAUCCCCUGGGCCUCGCCGACGACCCCGCCACGUUCGCGGAGCUGAAGGUGAAGGAGAUCAAGAACGGGAGGCUGGCGAUGUUCUCCAUGUUUGGGUUCUUCGUGCAGGCCAUCGUGACAGGGAAGGGGCCUCUGGAGAACCUCUUGGAUCAUCUCGACAACCCCGUCGCUAACAAUGCUUGGGUUUACGCCACCAAGUUCGUGCCAGGCUCUUAAUUCCUCCUCACCAUCUCUUGCUUCACUGUGUCCAUGAUUUGGGGAAGAACAUGAUUGCUGCGCGUGUUCGUUCUUGCUGUAUCUACGAUGUGCUCCUUAAUCCUAAUUUAAGCUGCUGGUAUAAACAUUCUCGUGAUGCAAAUCAUUAUUCUAUCCAUAAUUAUGAACGCAAUGGCUCCAAAAUUCCCUUC